UUAUAUGGAAGGUACAAGUCCCUGUUCUUUGCACUUCUUGAUAAUGUAAUUCACUAGUGGCUUCUGAUUUUCAGAGAGUUGGGGGUUCUUGGGAUGGUUAUUGGCUUACAGAAUCUCUCCUUCACGACGGAGAUAGUUUUUCUGGUGGUGUGGCUUACUGAAUGGAUCACCAGCUCGGAGACGGUGGAGCUAAAUCAAUUAAUUGUGCUACACGAUUGGAGCAUUGAAUUACUCCCACAGAUAUUAAGCUUCUGUACAUGUGUAAUAGGAUGUACAAAUUGUAACUAGUGCUGUUCAAUCUGGUCGUUUAAAGAUAUAAUUACAGCUAAGUGCAUGUACAUUUAUAAAAUAAUUUUCAUAAAAAUUAACUUUCAUUUUCUCAUUCUAAUUGGGUCCUUUAAAGUUAAAUCUUCUCAUAUAUUAUUAUAAUUGACAUGGGACAAACUUUAACACGUAAGUAUUAGCAUGAUAUUCCUGUCGUGACUCGUAAAGUCUUGAUACCUUCAUAUGAUAAUUUUUGUUGUCACCCCACCCACCAUUUUCUCAGAAUCAAGAUUCUCUCUCUCUCUCUCUCUCUGGAAGACGCGCACGCGCACACAGUGACAGAGUGAGAUGGAUGAAGCAAAGAGGAAGGCCAAGGCAGUGGUGGUGGGAGGCAGCAUAGCCGGGAUAUCCUGCGCACACGCUCUUAUCGCCGCUGGGUGGGAUGUGGUGGUGCUCGAGAAAACACCUUCACCCCCCACCAGUAGUGCCACCGGUGCUGGUCUUGGAAUUGACCCUUUGUCCCAGAAACUCAUCCGGUCGUGGCUGAAUCAACCGCAGGCUCUUGAAUUCAGCACCUUGCCUCUCACCAUUGAUCAUGAACAAGCAACAGACUGGGACAAGAAAAUUACCUGGACACUGACGAGAGAUGAAAACUUCAAUUUCAGAGCAGCACAUUGGGCUGAUCUUCAUAGCCUAUUAUACAAUGCACUGCCUCAGGGAGUUGUUUUAUGGGGGCAUUUUUUCCUCUCCUUUAGCGUCUCUGAUGCAAAAUCUGUGAAAGUUAGCGCUGAAGUGAUUCGAUCUGGUGAUACAAUUGAUAUAGAAGGUGAUUUGCUUGUUGCCGCGGAUGGUUGUCUAUCUUCCAUUCGUAAAACUUUACUCCCCGACCUUAAACUCAGAUAUUCGGGUUACUGUGCUUGGAGAGGGGUCCUCGAUUUUUCAGAAAAUGAGAACUCAGAAACCAUUCUGCAACUCAAGAAGGCAUUUCCCGAGCUUGGCAAGUGCAAUUACUUUAUCCUAGGAGUUGGAACUCACAGUAUCCUUUACGAGUUAUUUAACAAAAGGAUGAACUGGAUUUGGUAUGUUAAUCAACCAGAGCCAGAUCUUGAGGGAAAUUCAGUUACAACUAAAGUCAGCAGAGACAUGAUUGAAGACAUGUAUGAAGCGGCAGAGAAGGUUUGGGUUCCAGAAUUUGUGAAACUAAUGCGAGAAACUAACGAGCCUUUCCUGAAUGCAAUAUACGAUAGUGAGCCACUAGAACGAGUAGUUUGGGAUAACGUGGUUUUGAUCGGAGAUGCAGCUCACCCGGUAAGUCCUCAUGGCGCGAGAAGCACAAACAUGUCGAUACUAGAUGCUGCAGUCUUGGGCAAAUGCCUUGAGAAAUGGGGAUUGGAGAAUCUAAAUUCGGCUCUUGAAGAAUAUCAGUCUAUUCGACUCCCAGUCAAUGCAGAACAGGUUUUGUUUUCACGGAGAAUGGGACGUAUCAAACAAGGUUUAGUGCUUGCUGAUCGUGAGCCCUUCGAUCCAAGAUCAGCAAGUGAAGAAGAUUGUGUGAAGCUGCAGCUAAGAAACAUCCCUUUUUUCUCUGAAACUCCUUCUAUAUUGAUAAACCAUGAAUUCAUGUAGUCGAUUCUAAAUUUAUGAAUAAAGUUCAUUUUUUUCG